UUGUAGAAGGGCUCUGAUUUGGACAUGGGCGGCGUUUAUAGAGGAGCUUUUUAAAAUGUGACGCGCGCUCUACUAUCAACAAACAGCAAAAAUGGCCGCGGUGAAAGAAGUGCAGUUUCGGAAGCAUCUGGCAGUUGCACUGGUCUAUGCAAUUGCAAAGAAAAAAAAGAACAAGCGACGGAGGUGGUAUGUGCAUCCACUAAAUAAAACCAGAAGACAAGAUGGCGAGUUUGCCCUUUUUGUUCACCAUAUGCGGAACACAGACGAGGAGAUGCAUUUCUCGUAUUUCAGAAUGUGCGCCGCGCGGUUUGACGACCUCCUGAAAAGGGUAUCGCCGUUUAUCAAACACGCCAACACGCACAGAACACCCAUUUCCACUGCCGAGAGGCUGGCCCUGACCCUCCGUGUACUAGCAUGUGGAGCUACGCAACAAAGCGUGGCCGAAACAUUUAAGAUGGGACCGAGCACGGCCCGCAGGAUAGUCACGGAGAUGUGUGAGGCCAUUUGGGUUGCCCUCAAAGAAGAGUUUGUUUCUGUACCCAAACGUGCGCAAUGGGAGACCAUCGCGCAGGACUUUUGGAGCCGUUGGAAUUUUCCGAACUGCAUCGGAGCCAUCGGAGGUAAACAAGUCUUGCUGAGAGCGCCAUCACGCUGUGGCAGCUUGCACUUUAAAGAGACGCAUUCUGUUGCGCUUCUUGCUGUGUGCGAUGCGCAAUUUAAGUUCACUAUGGUGGACAUUGGAGCCUACAGCCAAGAAAAUGAUGGAGGUGUCUUGCAGGUGAGUCCUUUUGGGGAGGCCUUUUUGCAGGGACAGCUGGAUUUGGCCGCACCAAAGGCCCUACCUGGGACAACGACUGUGUGCCCUCAUGUCAUCAUUGGAGAUGCAACCUUCCCCUUGAACAUGAACCUGAUGCGGCCCUAUUCAGGGGAAAAUCUCACAACUGCCCAAAGAGUGUACAACUACAGACACUGUUGGGCACAACAGACAAUAGAGAAUGCCUUUAGCAUCAUGUCAUCCCAGUUCCAGAUUUUUGGCCGCCCAAUUGAGAGUUCGGCCGAAAAGGCAGUGUGUAUUGUGCAGGCUUGCGUGGCUCUGCACAACUACCUCAUAUCAACUGAUGCUGCAUCUGCGGAAAAGGCUAAAUACAUCACACCAAACCUAGCAGACGACACCACACCAGCUGGAGAUGUACGACCUGGAGAGUGGAGGGGACUGACAGAGCCAGGCAGCAGCCUAGUUCCCCUCGGCAGGCCGACUCAUCCUCGGAGAACACAAGCUGAUACUGCGACCAGAAAAGUCUUGAAGGACUUUUUUCAGACACCAGAGGGUUCUGUUCCCUGGCAAGACCGUGUUAUUACAUGUGGACUGAAUGAUGCCCAUUAAGAGCAACUGACUUUACAUAUAAAUUGAACUGAAUACAUGUAAAACAAUGCCUCAUCUAUGAAUAGAAUCCAUGUGAGAUCAGUAAAAGAAAUCUAAAAGCUUUCUGUUAAAAUAUGACCAUUGCCUUUUUGAAUGCCGUAAGGUUUUAUUGUGUUCUCUUAUCUACCCAAGAACUGUAACAAAUAUAUGUUGAUAGUGAAAAUUUACAUUAGAGAAUAGAAUGCACAAAAAUGAUUCUAAUUUAAGAGGUUUUUAAACUAGGUGUAUGUAGCCAACAUACAAAUCCUCUGCUAGAGAAAACACACAUUUACAAUUAGACUUUUGAUUCCAAAUAUUAACGUUACUGAGAUACAGCCUUUGUGAAAAGUAGCCUGUAUGACAACUAGCCCUGGUCUUCCCCUUGCUGUGUAGGGUAAGUGGUCAAUUCAGCAUUUAUAGCACUAAUGCUAGAAGACGUUUCUUUUAUGUAAGCUAGCCAUUAUAUGCACCUGUUACCCUCUGUUGUUAUAUUUUAUGAUGCAUUUUGUGAAAAGAAUACCCAUCAUGAUUUUAUUUUAUUUUUUUAUAGAAAGAGAAUAUAACAAUUUUAAUUUGUUAACAUUAGUUAAUAUGAACUAACAAAGAACAACACUUACACACUUAUUAAUGAUUAAAUUGUUAACUUCAACAUAUACUAAUACAUUUUUAAAUGACAAGUUGUUUGUUAAAGGGUUAGUUCACACAAAAAUGCAAAUUCUCUCAUCAUUUACUCACCCUCUUGCCAUCCCUGAUGUGUAUGAUUUAACCACUGGAGUCAUAUGGACUACUUUAAUGCUGCCUUUAUGUGAUUUUUGAGCUUCAAAGUUAUGACCACCAUUCACUUGAAUCGUGAGGAACUAAAAAGCAGAAAUGUUCUAAAAAUCUUUGUCUGUGUUCUGCAGAAGAAAGUCAUACACGUCUGGGAUGGGAUGAGGGUGAGUAAAUGAUGAGAGAAUUUAAUUUUUAGUGUGUAAAUUCUGUACAAAUAUAUUGUUCUUUGUUAGCUCAUGAUACCUAAUGAACUUACUAAUGUUAACAAAUAGAACUUUGUAGGAAAGACAGAUUUAAGUGUUACCAGACAUUUGAUACCACUGCAAAGAUGGGUUUAUCUAAAGGUGGCAAACAGGAAAGGGAGACAGGUGUCAAUGGUCAGAAUAAAGACAACAGAAUAAUGAAUAGUGGCAUUUCAGAUUCAAGUAGCUUUUUGGCUUUACAAAAGAAACUUGACAUUGCCUUAAGUCUCACUUUGGGCAGAAAUAUGAAUGGCUUCCAGGCUGCUGAAA